UAAUUUUUGUUAUUUAAUAACAAGUUAUUUCCAUAUAGAUAAUUCGGAUUGCAUAAACUAGUAAUUUUAAUUGUAGUUUAUUCAGGUGGAAAUUUUAAUUCAGUUUUAGAUUAAAUUGAUGUUACAUUUGAAAAUUAAUGUUCUUUCAAAUAAGUAUACAACAUUUUUAUUAUUGAGAAAACAUUUUGGAGACUUGAUAACAUAAAAAUAUUUCUUAAGAAAUAUAAUUGCUUAAUCAUUUGAACGGUGUAAACAUUAUAAAUAUGAUACUUAUAUCGUUUUAAAAUCAAUGCCUAUCAUGCGUCGAAGUUUAGCGCCUAGCCAAGCAAGUAAACGACCUUUAAGUGAUUCAAAUCAAGCAACAAAAUGUAUGAAAUAUAUGACAUCUCCAAAACAAGAAGUAACAUCAAAUAAUGAUGAUAAAUGUUCUCUAAAUAUUUCUGAUUAUGAACAAAAAAUUAGAAGUAUAUUGGCUAAGCCAUUUAAAGUUCCAAUAGCAAAUUGGUCUGGCAAUAGCUUCAAUAGAGCUUUAGGUGUUCGACGUGAUGGUGUUAGACGACCUUUACAUGAUCCUAGUAUACCUGAUGCAUUAAUUUUAUAUACUCCUCCACAAAUUAGUGCAAAUGAACUUUUAAAAAUUGAUAAAGAUAAAAUUAAAGUCCAUGUUGUCGUUGAUCCAACUUUGUCGAAAAUAUUGAGACCUCAUCAAAGAGAAGGAGUGAAGUUUAUGUAUGAAUGUGUAACGGGUGUACGAAUAGAAGGUGCUUAUGGAUGUAUAAUGGCAGAUGAAAUGGGUUUAGGUAAAACUCUUCAGUGCAUUACUUUAAUGUGGACAUUAUUAAAACAAGGACCUGAUGCAUCACCUACUAUUUUUAAAGCUAUUAUUGUAACUCCAAGUUCUUUAGUCAAGAAUUGGUGUAAUGAAAUAAAAAAAUGGCUUGGAGGUCGUAUUGGAGCUCUGCCUGUUGAUGGAGGUGGAAAAGAACAAGUUGACAAAGUUAUCACUGGAUUUGUUCAAGCUAAAGGACGUCGAACAAUUGAUCCAAUUUUAGUUAUAUCUUAUGAAACUUUCCGUAGUCAUGCAAACAUGCUGCAAAAUGCUGAUGAUAUUGGACUUGUAUUAUGUGACGAAGGACAUAGAUUAAAAAAUUGUGAAAAUCAAACUUACCGAGCACUGAUGUCAUUAAAGGCAAAAAGGCGUGUUUUAUUAUCAGGAACUCCUAUUCAAAAUGAUUUGCUUGAAUAUUUUAGUUUAGUACAUUUUGUAAAUGAAGGGAUAUUAGGAACAGCUCAAGAAUUUCGGCGACAAUAUGAAACACCAAUUGUCCGUGGGCAAGAUUCUUGUGCUACAGACUCUGAACGUCAGAAAGCAACAGAAAGAUUAGAACAAUUAAUUGCUUUAGUUAAUAGAUGUCUUAUAAGGAGAACUUCAGCUUUACUUUCAAAAUAUUUGCCUGUUAAAACUGAGCAUGUAGUGUGCAUAAAACUAACACCUUUACAAAAUCAUUUAUACCAACAUCUGCUUAAAUCUGACAUGGUUACAAAAUCCAUAAAAAGUAAUGAUGGAAAAGUAACUAGUAAUGCAUUGGCAGCAAUCACUUUAUUAAAAAAGUUGUGUGCUCAUCCAGACCUUAUUUUUGAUAAGGUCAUGAAAGGAACUGAUGGUUUUGAAAAUGCUAAAGAGUUAUUACCUGUGUCAUACAUUGCUGCUCAAACAAAAAAUAGACUGAUGAUUGAAUUAUCAUCUAAAUUAAUGGUUCUAGACACUAUGCUAGCUGUUAUAAAAUCAACUACAACUGAUCGAGUAGUAUUAAUUUCUAACUAUACUCAAACAUUAGAAUUAUUUGAAAGACUAGCCAAGUUUCGCAACUACACAUAUGUAAGACUAGAUGGAUCAAUGACUGCUAAAAAAAGAGCUAAAGCUGUUGAUGAUAUUAAUAGUCCAACAAGUGGUACAUUUUUAUUUAUGUUGAGUUCCAAAGCUGGAGGUUGUGGUUUGAAUUUGAUUGGGGCUAACCGCUUAGUAAUGUUUGAUCCUGAUUGGAAUCCAGCUAAUGAUGAUCAAGCUAUGGCUAGAGUGUGGAGAGAUGGUCAGAAGAAACCAUGUUUUGUUUAUCGGUUUUUAGCUACUGGUACUAUAGAAGAAAAGAUGAUGCAGAGACAAGCCCAUAAAAAAGCAUUAAGUUCAAGUGUUGUUGACUGUGAAGAGGAUGUUGCUAGACAUUUUUCAGCAUCAGAAUUGCGUGCUUUAUUCUUUCUUCAUCAAAAUACUAUUAGUGAUACUCAUGACAAAAUAAAAUGUACACGAUGUGUUAAUAAUAUUCAAACAAAAGGACCUCCAGUAGAUAGUGAUUGUACCAAUGAUUUGUCUUGUUGGAACCAUUGCGCUGACAAAAGAUGGUUAGUUGAUCCAGUUUUAAAACAGUGCUGGAGUGCAGGAAUCAGUAUGGUAUUUUAUCAUCAUUCUACUGUUCAUAAAGAGAAAUCUAUAAUAAAAGAAGAAACUUUAGAACCUGAUACUGUCAUUGAAGAAAAAGAUAAUGCUGAAUAAGUGAAACAGUCAUAUAUGUGACACAUGUAUAUGAAACAUAUUAUAUAUAGUUUAACUUUAAAUCAAAAUAAAAUAUGUAUCUGUCUAAAAUAAUUUUGUUACAUUACAGUUGUAUACUUAUAUUUUAUUCAUUAUAAUUAAUAUUUGAGUGAAUUAAUAAAUACUUGAUGGUCUAUCAGAUUUUGAUUUUGAACUAUGAGCA